GAAUCAGCUGUUAUCACCUGUUGUGUCGCGGUGUAUAUUCAUAGAUGUACCGCAAGCUACAAUGAGAUUAUUUUCUAUACCGUCCAGGUAUAUUUACUUAAAACAUGUGAAAAUUGCUGACUAGCUACAGACCUCUGGCGACAAGUCGUGGAAGCAUCAUCACAUUUAGAAUGUCCAACUGUUUCCGGCUGUAAAAGGAGUGAUGUAGACUUUACAUUUCGAAGUGUAAAGCAACGAAUUGCACAAUAUUUAUGUACAAUAAUUUAUAAAGUUCUUUUGAUUAUUGUAAAAUUGAAGCUAAAUAGGAACAUGUAUGCAUUUACAGUGGAUUAUAGAGAAAUGUAAGUGGUGAAAGCUCUUUAGCAAACUAUGUGCACGAAUUGUGACGUGUUUCCAUCUUGACAAUUCCUGGAAUAUAAAUAAAGUUAACAAUGUGGGACUCAUCGGGAGAACCACCAGGAGAGGAAGAAGGGAAGUCAUCUGAUUCUGUGAUGCAAACGAAAGAGAAAUUGGAAGAAGAAAAGUGUCAAGCAGAGUCUCUUGAAGACAUUGUGUUAAAACCCAAGUCAAGUUCAAAGAAACAAGAGGAGGUCCAGGAAUAUGCUAGGCGGCUUUCUAAACUUAAAUCUAGAGCUAAAUUGUUACGUAAAAACAAAGAAGGAAAAUUUCCAUCUAAAGAUAAAUCACAUACAUCCGAUGCAACUGUGGCUGAUACUUCUGAACAAACUAUUGAUGACAUCAGUCAGGCAAAAACUGCAAAAGCAAAGUCUACUUUACUCCAAAAGAAGUUAGCUGAGGACAGAAAAGUAUUUGAACAGCGCAACAAAGAGAGAACUGAAACUAAACGAGCGGUGGAAGAGAAGGUAGAGGCUAUCAGGCAACAGCUAGAAGAAAAAGAUGUAUCUAACACAGACUUAGCAUUAAUAAAUGUACAAAAAGAUCAACCACCUAUCACAAGUAUAAAACCAGUUGUGAUCACAUCAGAGGUAAUGUCACCAAUACAAAUUGAAAGCAUUCGAGAAAAAGAAUCCAAAAUUUCGGAACUUAGUAAUAAAAUUCUAGAAUUGGAAGCAACUAUUAUAGAUCUGCAAGAAAAUUUAAAAGAGAAAGACUCUGUUAUUGAAUCUAAAACAAAAGCAGUUACACUUAUGUCUGCAGAUCUUUCUUUGAAAGGUAAAACAACAUUGGACACUCUCGAAGAUACAAAAGAUGAGAUGCGAACAAUGCAGGAACAUUUUGUACUUUUGGAGACAUCGUUAAAAAGUAAAAAUGAAAAUCUUCUAUCACAAUUACAAGAAAGGGAUAAUAAAAUAACAGAAUUAGAAGAAUCGGUUAAACGGUUUGAAGAAGAAGUUGAUAAACAAAAGUUAGCUGAAUCGGCGAGUGCUGAUUUCUCUCGUUCCACAAUGGAUACGUUGGUAGAGACUAAAGAAGCAAUGAAAUCAAUGCAAGAAAAUUUUGUACUUAUAGAAUCUUCACUGAAAACAAAAAACGAUAGCCUCCUUCAACAACUACAAGAUUAUGAAUUAAAAUUGGCGGAAGCUAACGAACGAGUAUUUAAACUGGAAUCCGGUAUUGGAAUACAAAGAGAUCCAUCGGUUGAUGAUCUGCAAUUUAAAUUAGAAAAAUUGGAGCACAGUAACAAAAAAUUACAAGAUGAGAAAUAUGACCUACAAAAAAGUAUUGUUGAGCUGCAAGACAAAAUUGUGAACUUGUCUGGCCAUGGUAAUAGCACCUUGGUAGAAAAAGACAAUAGAAUAGUUGAACUUGAAAAUUUAGUAGAAGAAUUAAAACAAUCUAAUAAACUUCUUGAAGAAGAAUCUAAGGAAGAAUUGCAAAAACUAGUAGCUGACUUGACAUUGAAAAAUGAAGAAUUUGUAAAUAAAAUUACAGACCUUAGAAAUUUGGUACAUAAACUUGAAAAAGAAAACAGUGAUAUUGCGGCUAAAUUACCAGAUGAGAAUGCAGUUAGCGAAGACGAAAAAGUAGCGAAACUUACAAAAGAAUUAGAAGAUUUGAAUAAGACCAUGAUAAAAAUAAAAGCACAACAUAAAACUAAAGUAAAGAAUUUGCAAAAGCAAUUGGAAGGUUUCAAAAUGGUAUCAGACACAAAUGCGGAACUUGUUAGAUUGGCGAAUCAAGUGGCAUUGCUAGAGGAGGAGAAAGGUAACCUUCAGCUGAAUCUGGUAGACUUUGACGAGCUUAAAGCCUCAGCAGGAGACUGGCAAGAACAGAUCGUUUACCUCGAAAGUAAAGUUUCCGAUCAGUCAAAAGAAAUUCAAAUGCAAAUUGAGGCCAUUGCCGCGUUAGAGAAUCAAAAAUUGGAUCUCAUGCAAGAACUUCACAUGGCAAAGCAAGAAAUUUCAUCUUUAGAGGCAGAAAAUGCAGAAUCUGAAAAUCUUAGGGUGACCGCAGAAAUGAAAGUUGUCGAAUUUGAGGAACAGUUGGAAGCUAUGCAAAAAUUGGAGAACGAUAACAAAUCUUCGCAGGAAGAAAGUCACGCAAAAUUAAUAAGACAGAUAGAAGAUUUAACGCAGGAAAAUACUGAACUGCACAGUAGGAUAGGCAAGAUGGAAGAGAAGGGAGCUUACGAUUCCGGUUCUACUGAGUCGUUUGAAGCAAUACAAGAAUUAGACAGAAGCGACUUGUUGAAGAAAGUUGAGGAUCUGUUACAGAAAAAUAACGAAUUGACUAAUAAAUUAAGCAAGCUUCACGAGAAAGGAAAUUCACAUGCAGGAUCUACAGAAUCGUUUGAAACCAUACACGAUACAGACAAGAAUGAACUAUUAAAGAAAAUCGAUCAAUUGACUCAAGAGAAUUCUGACUUGACAAUGAAGUUGAGUCGACUGGAAGAAAAAGGAUCGUCCGAUACGGGUUCAACGGAAUCUUUUGAACGUAUCCCAGAGCACAACGAGAGUGUAACGAAAAUUGAUCUCCUUACACAAGAAAAUAGCGAGUUGGUAAUUAAACUUACAAAACUGGAAGAACAGUUGGAACACCUAGAGUCUAGUCGGAAGGAAUCUAAAUCGGACAUCGAUGUAAAAUCAAAAGUUGAUAGUUUAUUGGAAGAAAAUAAUAAUCAGUUCGUAGAAUUGUCUAAUCUUAGAGCACAAUUAUUAGAGGUCACAAUAGAGAAUACUAAUUUGCAGAAACAAGUUGAAAAUUUAACUGCAGAAAUGUCAGUUACUCAAUCGGAGGAUUCUUCUGACAGAUUAAAGAGGGACAUUGAUUUUACAACACAGAUCGAUGAAUUAUUAGAAGAGAAAGUUCACCUUGAAAAGGAGAUAAAAGAACUGCGCAAUGAGUUGGAAAAAUCGCGCGAGGUCACCGUUCAGGAUCACGAAACAAAUAAUUUGAAAUCGAGGAUAGAGAACUUAUUAAAAGAAAACGAGCAAAUACUUUUGAGAAUGUCGGAACUUGAAACAUUUAACGAGAAAUUGAAAGGCGAUCUGACAACUGUAAAUUCAGAGAAGGAUGAAUUAUACAUAGAAAUCAAUCAAAUGUUGCCCGAAGAGCCUGUCAAUGAUAAAUCAGGCUUCCUUGAGAAAUUAGGAAAAUUGCUCAAAGAGAAACAACAACUGAAUGAACAAGUAGAAAUUCUUCUCGAAAAAUCUGCUAAAGAGUCUGAAAAUCGGGCGGCGGACGAGUUUGAAAAUAAACUUGAAAAUCAAGAAAGGGAGUUAGAAGAAAAAGACAAGCAGGUCAGCGAUUAUCAAGCGUUUGAACUGAAAAUAGAGAGCCUCGAGAGUGAAUUGAAGGAGAUGCAAGAGAAAGUGAACAGAUUGUUGAUAGAAAAAGCCUCCAUUGAAGAGGAGUUUAAUAGAUUGGAGAAAGAGAGUAGCGUAUUGAUCGAAGAGAAAAAGAUGAAAGACGAGGAGAAUAAUUUGUUGAAGCAACAAUUGCAAGACACCGUUAGUUCGUACGAGUUACAAAUUCAAGAGAAGCUGGCAGCAAUAUCUGAAAAAGAGAGAGAAAUUGUUAACUUGAAAGAAGUCAUUGAAGAGAAAGAUCAGGAGUUACACGCCAAAUACACAGAACUACAAAAUAAAAUGAUUGCAAUAGACAGUUUACAAGACGAAUUAAAUAAUUUUAAAACGUUAGUUCAAGAGAAAGCCGCUUUGUUGUCGUCAUCGUCCGAGGAAAUUCUGGAUCUUAACAAUGCAGUAAGGAAUAAAGACGAAGAACUAUUUGCCCUGAGGAAAGAUGUUAUCGAAUUAAAUAAUAAGAUGGAGGAAUAUAAACCUUUGAAGGACUAUAACGAAUUAUUGGAACAAUUAAAAAAUAAGGAUAUGAUACUCGACGAAGCUCAAUAUAGAAUUAAUGCUAUCGCGAAAGAAAACGAUAACUUAUUACAGGAAGUGAAGAAAUGGACUCAACAGAACGACGACAUUGAACAACGAUUGAACGAAAAGCAACAAGAAUGUUCGCAGCUAUUGGUAACGAAGGAACGCUUGGACGCAGAGAUCGCAGAUCUUAAGAACGCUAAAGAACAAGACGAAAAGCGUAUUUGGGAGAUACAGAACAUUAUAGACCUCAAUGCAAACUUUGUCGACGACUUGCAAGCCGAAUUAAGGGGCGCGUACAAGCAGAUAGAACAGUUGAAGCUGAAGCACACAGAGGAUAUGCAACUGCAGAACCAAAGAAUCGAAAACUUAAUUAAGGAUCUACAAUCCAAGACACAAGAGUGCGAAAUGCUGAACAGCGAACUGCUAGAGAAGCAGAGAUUGGUAGGGCAAAACGUAACAGAGGAAAUCAAAGUCGCCUUGGAGGCUAAAGUUGCUGAGUUGGAGCAGAAGUUGAAAGACUCAGAGGAUAAAAUACAGAUGCAGCUGGAGAAAAUGAAGAAAAUAGCAGCGAACCUCAAGAAAAAAUCAGCGGUGUGCCAAGAGCUCGAGACCAGGGUCACAGAGCUCGAGGAGAAGUGGACAACCGAGAAGGAUGAGAAAGAAGCGAAAAACAAGCAGAUUCAGGACGUAGAGAUUUCGAUGCGCGAGAAGGACAAUCAAAUAGCGGACUUGGAGAAGAAGUUAAUUCAGGCGAGGAGCGAGAGUGCGGAAGCUUUCGCGAACGUCGACAAGCUCACCAGUGAUUUGUCCAAUUCGAAGGAGAAAAUGUCGUUGCUCGCGCAACAGUUCACUGAGAUGGAGGAGGAGAUCGUAAAGUUGCGGGCUGACUUGGAUUCCUCGGCGAGCGAGCUCGCGACCGAGAGGAAUAUGAAGCAGGAUGUAACCUUGGAGUACGAGGGCUACAGGGAGCAGAUUGCAAAGGAAAACGAGCACAAGCAAGUGGAGCUGGACGAGGUGAAGGAAAAGGCUAGGGAGCUCAGCGUGCGAAUGCAGGUGAUGGAAGCGGAGUACGUUGAGCAGCUUGCCUUGAUAAAGAAUCUGAUAGCCGAGAACGCUUUACUGUCGUCGAAGCAAACUCAGAUUAGCGAGAAGCUGGAGAACGUGGAGAAGGAAUCGGAACAGCGGAGAGUGUUGCUGGAACAGAUGCAGAGGGAAGCAGUCAGUUCCGUGACGGCCACCACUCAAACGGUCGACGAAGAAGCCGUCGAGGAGGACGCGAAAAUUUCCGACUCGCAGCACUGCAAUCAUUGCGAGCAAUGUCAGACCGUGGUGCAAGCGUUGGAGGCGAAACUGCAGGAGCGAGAAGCGGAGAUCGAGAACUUGGACAACGAGUUGGCUAACUCAAUUGGUAAUUUCGUGCAAAUGCGAGAGUCGCUCAGGUACAACGACAUGAUGAAUCAAACCGCUAUGCGGAACAGGUCGUUGGAGGAUCCGUACAACGAUCUCUUGUUCCAAUAUAAUGCCCUAGUGUCGAGCAACGAGGAGGUCAAAGUGAAAUUGGAAGAAGCUUCGAAACAGAACAAAGACUUAGCAGAGGCGAUCGAAGGUUUGCAAUCCGCGAAGACUUCGUUAGAGGAGAAGAUAAUGGCGGCGGAGCAGGCCCUGCAGGAGACUAGAUUGAACACGGAGAAGCUGGAGAACGUUGAUUCGUUGAACUCCGAUUUACUGAAGAAAUGCGAGGACAGUGAAGCGAAGUUGUUGAACGUUCACCAAGAGAUGCAGGCUGUUCGAGAGCGCGCCGAUCUGCUGGAAGAGCAGUUAAGCUCUCAGACUGCGUUACUGAUGUCCGAAGGGGAGCAGCGAAUACAAGCGGAGAAACAGCUGGAAGACAUGAAGAGCAACGUCGAGCAGGAAAUAGAGUCCUUGAAGGCUGACAAGGCUGCGUGCGAGAGGACAAUAGAGGACCUGAAGAUCGAGUUGGAAACCUAUCAGAAUCAAAGUGAACGGUUUGAGAAAUCGACGAUUAAGAAGGAAUCCCCGACUUUCGAUUUCCCGACCAACGAAGCCGACAACGCGCCUCAGUUGUUCGACGCGUCGAAAAUCUUCGGUGCGGCGUCCUCCUUUGGUCCCAGUCCUCUGGACGACUCGGAAGUGCUGAAACUCCAAGCGUUGUUGAACGAGAAGGAGGCGCAAUGCUCGAACCUCACGCAAGAGAUCAACGAUCUGCAGAAGCAGAUGAUAGAGGAGAGGGAAACCUCGAGGAAGGAGUUGCACGUGGCGCAGACGAAUCAUGAGAGAGCGGAAGAAUUUCUGACCGAGUCGAAGAGGGAGGUGGAGUCGUUGAACGACGAGAUGCAGAAUUAUAUGUUGCAGAUAAGACAAGCGAUGGGGUCUAUAGAGAAGCUGUCCUCGGAACGCGACCAGCAGACCGCUUUAUUGGAGUCGUACAAGCUCCGGAUGGCCGACUUGGAAGGACAAUUGGGAAAUUCGACCGAUUCGGAACUGAUACAAGACCUGGAAGCCCGCGUCUCGAACAUCACCAAGGAGAGGGACUUGCUGCAGUUGCAGAUGAGCGACUUGUCCAGGUCGCUGGAGGAGCUGAAGGACGCCAACGAAAUUGGGAAACGCCUGCAGACGGAGAUCGAGAGAACGGCGCGCGAGAGGGACGAGGCGAAAGAACUAGCGGCUAAUUUGACGCGAGCUUUGGAAGACGCUCGCGAAACCGCGGCCAGAACGACCGCCGUUGCCGACUCGUUCGCCAAAGAGUCGGCGUUCGCAGAGGAGUCCUUGGCAACUCGCGCGGAUUCGGAUACUUCGAAGACGACCACCGACAAUCUUAAAGAAACGACCCCCUCCGACACUUGGGACACUGGAUCCACCGAGAAGCUGAACGUCGACGAGGAGACCUGGGGCUGGAACCCGGAAGACGCGGAAUUGGCCGGCGAGCAGCAGGUCACCGCUCUAAUUCCCAGCACGGAGAUCCAAUUGCAGGCGAAGAUGGAGGAUCUCGAGGAUCGCAUCAAGGACUUGGAGAAGGAGAGGGACAAGCUGACGGAGGAGAACAAGCAUGUCCAGCUGCGGAGCGGCAAGAUGAUAAAGAAGCUGAAGGAGUACAAAGUGCAGGUGGAGAAUCUUCAGCAGCAGUUGAAGAUCCAGAAGUCGACGAGCGACUUCUACGAGCUCGACUCCGCCAUAGAGGAGGAGCUGAAGUCUCAGAUCAGCAGGCUGGAGAAAGCGUUGAACGAGAACAGGGAGGAGCAGAAGAGCAUGGCCGCGGAGAAGGAGGCGCUGACGAAACGUCUGGACGUCGUGCUGUCGGCGAACGAGCGGUACAUGGAGAUGAAGGAGCGGCAGGACAUGGACAUGGAGGUGUUGCGUAUACGGAACAAGGAGCUGUCGGACAAGGUCGAGACGCUGGACAGGCGGUUGCAGGAGGGCGCAGCCGUCGUCGAAGAGAGCGACGCUUCCCGAAACGAGGGCAGCGUUGCUCCGCUGGAAGAGGCUAAACCGGUCGAUCGGCCGAAGAGAUCCGUGGACGGCGAGGACUUGGAGGCCCGGUGCAAGAAGUACAAAGACGAGGUCGACGACCUCAAGGACGAGAUGGAAGCGCUGGCGACGGAGAACGAACAGCUGCAGCAGGUUUUGGGCGAACUGAAGAACAAGCUGUCCGCCUUGGAGUCGAAACGGACGGCGGACGAGAACGAAUCCAUUCAGAUCGUGGACGACCUGAACAAGAAGAUCUCGGAGCUGCAGGGCAUGCUGAGCAAGACUCGGGAGGAGUACGAGUUACUGAGGAAGCAGUACGAGCAAAGCUUAAUGGACGCCAACGAUCAGGUCUCGGUGAUGAGGCAGAACGCCGAUUUUCUAAAGGAGGAGACGUUCGAGAAGAUCAGCAACCUGGAAGCGAAGAUCGCCGAUCUCCUCCGACAGAUCGAAGCGUCCGAAGCGAACGGGAACAGCUUGCAGCAGAGCUUGGAGGAAGCUCUUAAGGAGAAAGCGAGGCUGGAAGAUCAUUGCUCCGCUUUAGUGGCCUCUUCGGAGAAGCAGUUGUCCGGUAUGAGCGCGUCGAUGGCGGAAGUGACUGAACUGCUGAACGUCAGGAUACAGGAGGUGGCGGAUUUGAAACAGGAACUGCAGAGACAGUACGUGGACCACGAGGGCGUGAAAAUGCAGCUGCAGGAUUCGAUGCAGCAGUUGAACUUGGAGCUUGCCGAGAAGAGGCAGCAAGUGGAGAGCUUGAAGAAAUCCUUGCUCGACAAGGAGAACGAGGUCGUCCAACAGCAGAGCGUGGAGAUGGUCAGCGCUCUGGUGAGUCAGGCCACCCAGGAGCUGGUGCAGAAGCACGCGAUCGAGAUCGAGAAGAAAGAGAAAGAGGUCCGUCAGCUUACCGAGAGGAUAUCCGCAUUGGAAGCGACGGCGAACAACUGUUUGCUGGAGAAGGAGAGCAGUACUGGCCAGUUCGAGGCUCAGAGGCAGGAACUGGAACGUCUGAGGAGCGAGUUAGCGGAGAAGGAAUCGAUCCAAGGAUCUCUUCAGCAGAGUCUGACUUCGUUGAAGGAACAGUUGUCCGUUAAAGAGUCACAGGUGUCCGAGAACGAGGAGACGGUUCGAGUGCUCUCCGUUCAGAACAAAGAGUACAUGGAAGCUGUCGGAGACUUGCAGAAGCGUUUGAACGAGACUGAAACGUUGUCCAGUAGCGUGCAAGAUUACGUUUCGCGUGUCCAAAGUUUAGAGCACGAUCUUGAGGUGACGAAAGCUUCUCUGGUCGAGACGGAGACAGCGCUCAGAAAUUCCACCCAGGAAACUGCGACGUGUAUGGCGAGUUUGGAGAAGGACAGAGCAGAGAUGAACGAACUUCGCGCAGAAGUGCAAAAGGCUGACGCGUUGAGAAACGAGCUGCUGCAGAAAACCGAGCAGAUUAAUCAUUUGAGUUUGGAAUUAGAGGCUGCCAACGACACUUUGAACGAAGCUAGGCAGAGCUUGAACGACACGGUGUCUUCACUGGAGGCGAGCAAUCGAGCACUGGCUGAGAAGCAAAUGGAACUGGAGAGGCUGUCAGCUGCACCCCGUCAGAGUCCGUCUGAGAUAGACGGUUUGCCCGUGUUCAGGAUGGCCGACGACACUCAAAGUCUGCAGCGCACGAUCGACGCUAUGCAAGCCGAGCUGGAUAGAAAGCAGGGCGAAAUCGACAAUCUGAAGCACAUUUUAGACGAGAAUACGUAUCCCAGUAUACUACAAGAGAUGCAAGACAAGAUGAACGUCCUGUACAACGAAAGAGCUGAACUGGAGGCUGCUCUAAGAACGGCGGAGCUGCGAAUCGCGGAGAAGGACAAACAACUCGAUGCUCUGACGCAACGAAUGGAGGCACCGUGUCGGGAGGAAUUAGUGUCCAAAGAGGAGGCGAGCAUGUCCGCGAAAAGUCGGAGGUCCGCGGAGGACCAGGAGGAGAUCGUGAGGCUGCAGAACGAGUUGCACACCAAAGAGCAAGAGAUCAACGAGCUGAAGUACGUAAUAGCCGAGAAGGACUCGCAGUUGUCCUUGCAGGCCAGCAUGGAGCCGCAGUCCGACGACUUCGAGCUACGCGAGAUGGUGCAGAGGCUGACCGCAGAACUGUACGCCAAGGAGCAGGAGAUUCAGCAUCUUAAAACGAUCAUCACCGGACUGGAGCAGGAAGUGUCUCAGCUGCGGGAGCUCGAGAGGCUGUCGGAGGAGACCAGGAACGCCAUAGAGAAGCUGAGCGUGGAGAAGGAGCAGGUGCGAGUGCAGGCGCAAGAAUUCCUAGAGCAGAAGCUGAGAGAGAAGGAGAUGGAGAUCAACGAGGUAAAGGAAAGGCUGUCCAUCGAGAACAGAAACAUUCUGAGCGAGUUGCAGUUGAGAGACAGAGACAUCGAGAACCUGAGGAAGCAGCUGGUGGACUCGUCCACGGUGGGACAGAGAUUAACGGACGAUCUACACCAGAAAGAGGAGCUGAUCGUACAGGUGAACGCGGACCUGGCGGAGAAGGAGCGCAGAUUGGCCGAGCUGAGCAUCACCAAAGACGCGGAGCUUCAUAACUUGAAGGUGCAGAUCCACGAGAAAGAAGUGCGCAUCGAGGAGCUCUCGGCCCUCUUCGACGAAGAACAGAAGCAGCUGAGGGACCUGAAGAACACGCUGGAGGCCAGGGAGACUGAAAUAAAUUCGCUGAAGACACUCCUGGAAGAUAAAGUGAAGGAGUACGAGAUGAUCCAGAACGUGCUGAAGAAAGACGUUUCCAUCAUGGACACUUCCGCGGUGCGGAACCCAGAGGCUUCGAGCGAACAGAACAGUACGUCGACCUCGCAGGAACUGGAUCUUGCUCUGUACAUGCUCCACCAACGAGACGUUAGAUGCGAGGAGCUGACGCACGAGUUGAUGCAGCUGCUGGAAGAAAGGGACACCCUGCAGCUGCGCCUGUCGAACGCUAUCAGGGUGAACGAGGAGCUGAGGAAAGGAAGCAAUCCCGAUUUGAGUCUCACGCAAGAACCUUCUAUCUCUGGAACAACUGAACCGCAUGUGGAACAUCCCUCGCCUUCGAAGUCCGAAGGACCAGUCGAGAUUGCCAAAGAAGCCAUCGAUGCUCCGAUUGGAGAAGACAAGGAGACUCUUGCUCUGAAGCUGUCACAGUUGCACACGGUGAGCCAUGCGAAAGACGUGCGAUUGAGGGAUGAACGAGAAUUGAGGCACACGCAGCAAAUGUCUUUGCUAGCGCACAAAGACGUCCUAAGUACUUUGCCCCCAGAAGCAGCUGCCAGGCUCGUCAAUGCGAAUUACACACUAUCUAGGGAUGUUCAGAGUCAAUCGAGUGUUUUACUGAACUGGCUGUGGGGAAAAAGCACGCCAAAGGUGGUACACAUGUGAUGGGCUUCUGACAUCGGUGAAGUGGACAUCCUCCUUGCCUUCUGGAUACAUUCCUGCCAAGUGCCAACUGCCAAGACAAUUCCUGUAAUUAGACUAGGCCGGACAUGAUAAAUGCAUUUGCUGUGUAGCAACGUCUUGGUCGAGUUUAUCGUUGCGGGUGGCCAUACUUGCGUCGAGUUACGCUCGCCCCGCCGAAGGGGAUUGAAAAAGUAUUUGUAUUUUCGCCGUGACAUUUCCGAGCGAUGGUAACGGAGUCCUGCUUUCCUAGGCAUCUAAACCGGAAGUCUCUCCUCUUCGGGUCAGAAGAGAGUGCCGAGGAGACGACUUCAUUUGUAUCAUAAUCGUUGUAUAGCCAUCGUUUUUAGGUGCACUGAACGAAGAAUUGCCUUGGAGAAAACUGUAUAUUUCAGUUAUUUUAUUAGCUACGAGUACUGUUAAUAUUGUAAGAUGUUUCCCGGGUAUCGGACCGAUACCCAGGAGGUGUGUUUGCUCCGAUGAUUACUCUUUCACGUUCUCGUAAUCGUUGCGUUGCAAUCUGUUCGCGUAAAAUUGUGUUUCUGCGACUUGGCCGUCUUCCGAUGGUUUUCCAUUGGAAAGGGAAACGAGAGCUGUUCGAGAGGAACUCUGUCUCGUCGCAACAACUGAUACAGUAUGUUCACUGUAGCAACUUGUCCAUCGAUGGUGGUGCCGUAAUUGUCCGUUAUUCUUUGACCAUAUUGAUUCGAACUUUCUAUUUCCACGAAAUUUUGUACAGAGAAAAGUAAGCGUCGGCGAAUAAAUAAAUUAUAAGACGAAAUAUUUCUUCAUCGGACGUGUUCUUUUAUUGUCAAACUGAUUCUCUCUCCUUUCCGAUUUUCGGAACAGUCCGAAGAGGUUGAUUCAGUACACACAACGUCCUAUACUUUAUUGAUCGAACCUUGCGCGAGUACAA